UUGCUGUGUCACCACAUGACGGGCGAGUUGCAGGCAGUGCAGCUGGUGCUGAUGCUGAUGCCGAUGCAUCAGUAUCUGAAACGUCGACGAGCAGAAGAUACUUGAUCCAGUACAAGCACUGGAUGAAGCGAACGAAGUUAGAUCCGUGCUGUAGCAACGCGAGAUGAGCCAAGGAUAUAUAAAGAGCCUACGAGAAAGGGUUAUGGACAAAAACCCAGCUCUACUCACGAUACAUAAGAUUGAUGACGGCAGCACAGAGCACACUCGUCAACCUCAAACGCUACUGACCGUCCAUCCUCCUGUCUAGCCACAUGUCAGGAUUGUUCAAUGUAGGAAAACAAGCAUAUCUUACUGUGAAAAGGCGCUCGAUGCCGGCACAGAUAACCCAGCCGGCGCUGACACAAACUAUGCGAGUCCACACCAUGGCAGUGACGGCAGUCGCGUUUUUCAAAGACAGUCGACGGAUCGUCACAUCUUCAGCGGAUAAAACCCUACGGAUCUGGGACGUGGAGAAAAGAGCAUUUGUAGGAGGACCAUUCGAGGGACACAGUGACUUCGUGUUGUCAGUCUCUGUGUCGCCAGACGAGAGAAGAAUUGCGAGCGGUGGAGGAGAUGGAGCCAUCAUCAUCUGGGACGUCGAGAGUAAGAAAAUGCUAUUCAACAAACCGCGGGUGAAACAUACAAGCCGGGUGUCCUCGGUGUGCUUCUCCCCGAAUGGAAAGAGAAUUGCAAGCGGGUCAUGGGAUAGUACAGUAAUUAUAUGGGAUGCGGAGACUGGCGCUGUCCUCUCAACACUCAAGUGUUCGAGCUCGGUGGAUUGUGUCGCCUUCAGCCCAGAUGGGCUCAAAUUAGCAUGCGGAACAUGGCGCAACAUUCGGGUUUGGAGCACCGAUAACGCCGAGCUCCUUCUCGAAAUCGACGCUCAUGAAGAAUUCGUUCUCAGUGUUGUGUGGUCGCCUGACGGCCAGCAACUUAUCUCUGCAUCAGCGGACAAAACAAUCAAGUUUUGGGACUCGUCGAAUGGGGCACAAAUCGGUCAACCUUGCACUUCCUACAUUAGGUCACUUGCCAAUUCUUCAGAUGGCUCUUUCAUUGCCACUGCCUCGGGAGAUAAGACUGUGCACCUAUGGAGCACAAAGUCAUACCAACAGAUAGGACAAGCACUCGAACACACCGCAUUGGUUUUCUGCGUUGCAAUUUCUCCCAGUGGAGAACUACUUGCGAGUGGAGACAAGUAUGGAAGUCUUCAACUCUGGUCUAUCGAGAACACACUUUGCGCAGCAUUAGGGACGGAUUCCUCAUACUUGGCGCAUCGAAGUAAGGUGAAGUUGGACCAAAAGCUCUAUGCAGAGGCCCUUUCAGACGCAGAAAAGGUGCGGACGAUAUCCGUUGUUGUUCUCACAUUUGUGAUCAUGUUCGUAGGUUGUUGAGCUUAACUCUUCAUCUUAUCUCGGGUACGAAUUGAAGCAUACAGCACUUCGUGGGUCACAGCGUUAUGAUGAUGCAUUCGAGGCCUUCAAAAUCAUGCUCUCCAAGUUGGAUGAUGCACCCGACCCACAGAUACGACGUAAGAGCUACGCCAACAAUUCAUCAGU